UAUAUAUAUAUAAAAUUGUAAUUUUUCAUAGCAUUAACAAUAACGAAAACAUUAUUGAAUAAAAAUAAUUAUAAAUUUAUUAAAUCAAAUCGUACGAGACAUGACGUACAAUAAAAGUAGAUCGUUAAAUUUUUAUUGAUUUUCGCACAUGACUUCUAUUGUAAUAGUUUUGUAGUAAACGGUACGUUACUAUGUAUUUUCUUUUAAGAACACAAAUACGUUCGCGAUUACAGUCUCGACCUGUAAAUAUUUCAUUAUCCUUACGUUGACCUCGUUUUUAUUAUUUCAAAGCUAUUUUUUUUUUUUUUUUUUCUUUUUCUUCCAUCAUUUCACGAUUUCAAUAAAACCAUGCUAUAGUUAUUAUCGUACAAGGAAAAAUCAAUUCGUAGAGAAUAGAAAUGUAUUAUGCAGUAAUGUUUACUCGUCAAAGCCGAUUUCACGAAAGGAGUAUAAUUUUUUAUGAACAUGGAUGAUAAUCGACAAGCUUUAACUGUGCAAUGUGCGUUUUACUACAUCAUUGAUGAUCACAAAUAAAUGGAUAGGUCGUUACGAGUUAUAGUUUGUUCAUAAUGUGAGCAUGUCUGGAAAAGAAGGCGGUGGAGAUAAACGAUUUAACAACGUAGAUUAUACACUGCUACCUGAAACUGACGACUAUGCGGAUUCACAGUUUAUGAGUCCACGAGCGAAAAUACCAUGGAAACCCAUCUCGUUAGCUGUUAUUCUAAUUACGGAAGGAUUUAUUCUGUUCAUAAUGGCAAGUUUGAUCGUAUGUGGGUACAUUGAUGCCAAGUAUUCUGAUCAAAUCUGGCUGCUGAUUUUUAUAGGAAUAGUGAAGUUUAUACCUGGGAUUUACCAUACGAGACUUGCUAUUUUAGCUUACAAAAAAGUACCUGGUUACUUUUUUGAAGAUAUGACUGAAUUUGAUUAAGUUAGACAUAUGUAUAUAAUUAUUCACAUCCCUACAUCUAUCUUAACGCAUAAACCAUGUUUUAUAUAAAGAAAAAUAUUAUAAUCUCAUAAUGAUUUUAUCAUACUUCUAACGUAAUAUGAACCACGUUUGAUUUUUAUAUUUUUUUAAAUACUUAUUUUAAAUAAAAAAUUCCCUGUACAUUUAU